AUGUAUUCAUCUAAGAAAAAUGAUAACCAGAAGUCCACUCUAACUUUUUCUUCCAGUACUGCUCCACCUCUUCCACAAUUCGGUGCAGCACCGGCCAUUGGUGUUCCCGUCGGUAUUCCUAUGCGUUCAGCAAACCUUCAAGCUCCAGUUCCUUGGUCCUCCGGUCUUUACGACUGUGAUGCCGAUGCCGAUGCCGAUGUUAAGAGAUUGAUUAGAGUUGCACACGCAGGUUGUUUAACAUGUUGGUGUCCAUACAUUACCUUUGGCCAGAUCUCAGAGAUUGUCGAUGAAGGAUCUUCCUCCUGUAUAGCAAAUGGAGCAAUUUAUGCAUUGAUCAUGGUCUGUACUGGUGGGUGCCCAUUCUGUUUCUCAUUUUGCUAUCGGUCCAAGAUGAGGAAGAAAUAUAAACUGGAAGAGGAACCCUGUGCGGAUUGCCUAGUUCAUUGUUGCUGUGAGCGAUGUGCCAUCUGCCAAGAGUAUAGAGAGCUGCAGAGCCGUGGAUUUGACAUGAGCAUAGGAUGGCAUGGUAACAUGGAAAAGAAGAACCGUGAACUAGCAAUGCCUCCUGUUGUUCAACAAGGUAUGACUCGAUAGAGUGUAUUAAUGAAGAUUAUCUCAUUAUUUGAAAGAUUAUUCUGUUA